AUGGGUGAGCGACGGGGGCGGGUGUUCCCGCGGCCCCGCCCCCCCCCCCCUCCACACUCAUGGCGGCGCGGCCUGGCCGCUGGGGCCCCCGCUCUCCUCCUCCUCCUGCAGCUCCUGGUGCUGCCGCUCGGGCACGGCUCCGGCUUCACGUGUGGAGGCCGAGGGGGAGGCCUGGGGCCGUGUGAAGUGUGCCUUGGAUUUCUGGAGAGAUUUUACAAGUAUCUGAAAGCUCAGGAUGUGGAACUGACCCCUGAAAUGGUGGCAAGGGAACUGCUGCUAAUGUGUGAGCACACCAAGGGCAAGGAGAAUCGACUGUGCUACUAUAUUGGAGCUACAAGCGACGCUGCAACUAAAAUAGUUAAUGAAGUUGCUCGUCCGAUGAGCGCGCAUGUCCCCGUACCAAAGAUCUGUGAGAAGCUGAACAUGAGAGAUGGCCAAAUAUGUGAACUCAAAUACGGCAAGAAGCUGAACUUGAACAAAGCCGAUCUCUCCAGACUACGUGUUGCCGACCUGAAGAGGAUCCUCGACAACUGGGGAGAGAAGUGCUUGGCUUGUGCGGAGAAAAUAGAAUUCAUCAAUUUAAUCCUGGAAUUGGCCCCUCUCUACCAGUCGCAACCCAUCGACCUCAACUCCGAACUGUAGAGUAAUGGCCACAUUUGUUUUUAAAAGCUAUAGUCCACCGUUAUUUAUUUAUUUAUUUAUUCAAAUGUCAUGGCAGACCAUAAAGAAACAUUUGUGAUUAA